AUGCAGUUAAUGAACAAAAUGGACGAGCUCUAUCUGGAUAAUAUCGACGAAUACGUUAACGACCACGACAAAAUAGUGACAUAUAAAUGGCUGAGUGGCACUCUUGGAGUGCAUGUCAACACAGCUAAACAGAUGCUAUAUCACUACUUGGACAACAAAAGGAAGGAGAGCUCAGCUCAGCUCCAUGCGACUUAUCUGGUGUCAGGAAAGUGUGUGGACAACGGUCAAACGAGUCAUAGGGUGUCACUUGUGCGCGAGGAGCAGCUGGAAGAUUUUAAGUCCAAAAUGAGUUUGAUUGUGAGUAUACACGUUUAUAGCGUCCAGAAAGCUCUGCUGAGGGACAGCGGGCCGCUAUACGCCGUCGACUACGAUGCCGUCAAAGACAACUUGCUCAACUGCAGCAAGUACAGUGCCAUCCGAUGUUCCGGUGCCGUUCCCAUGUCCUCAUCAGAACGUGAUUUGCAGAGAGCUCCACCUCCUCCUGUUCCGGAGCCACAACAGAGCAAGAAGCCUUCUGCUAGCGACAAAACAGCUUCUAAAGCCAAGCCAGCCAAAGGCAUCAUGGGAAUGUUCACUGGUAAAACUGCGUCAGCCAAGAGCAAAGACAUCAGCAACGAGAUCAAGUCAGAGGAAGCAGCUGUAGAGGUGGAUAUCCCUAAGGGUAAAGCGUCAGCAAAAUCCAAUCACAUGAUGAACUUCUUCGGCAACCAAAACACAAAGAAGCAAGAAAAACCUGUGAAGAAGGAGGAAGAAGUGGCACCAGAGCCUUCGUCGGCUGAGCUGCAACAGCCAGAAAAAAAACAAGAAAGGGUUAUGGUAGAACCAUCGAAGAACAAGAAAGAUUCAAGAAGCAAAAUUAAACGUCUCCAGAGUUCAGACAGCGAGGAGGAGAAGAUGGAAAAGAAGAAGCGACGAAGGAUCAAGAAACCGGUGUCUGACAGCAGUGAAGACGAAGACGUUAUUCCAGAUUCUCCACCACCGACGGUAGUGAGAGAAGUGUCACCAGUGCCCGCCAAGGAACCUGCAUCACAACCAAGUUACUCUGAGACCUCUAAAAUCCGCAAGCGUAGACGUGUUCUGAAGUCUCGAACCUUCGUGGACGAAGAGGGUUGCAUUGUAACGGAGAAAGGCUACGAGAGCGAGUCUUAUUCAGAAGAGGAAAGCGCCGCCCCAGCCACCAAGCAGGCGACAAAAAAUCAGGCCAGGGCCAAAACGUCAACGAGCAACGAGAAGAAAAGUGUGAAGAAAACAACAGAGAACAAAGCCACAAAACAAGCUUCCAUUAUGGGAUUUUUUCAAAAGAAGUGA